UCUUUCUCAAUUUCCUGAUAUAUGCAGAAGAUCCUGUGUCACACAGUGUGGUUGAAGCCGAAUUACCUGUUGUGGGAAAUGAUGUUGGUUUUUUAAUCUUUAGAUAUCCACCUAGAGGAUGGUUUGUGCUGAAACUCUUCUUUUUCUUAUGUGGUGUAAUAACUGGCAUGUUGAUUGGGAAGUUUAUAAUCCACAAGCGUUUUCUAUGGAGAUUUCUCAAACUGCGCAUGUUCCAUGUUUUGUCCCAUAAAGAAAAGAUUGAACGAAGUUAUGGAAUGGUGUUUUGGUAUUUUUGGCAUUGACAUUGUUUUGUGAAUGUUUAAAACUUCUGAUGAAGUAAUGAGUUGUUUAAUUACACGGAAUGAGCGCUGCACUGACUUUUAUAUAGUUUUGUAGUGGCUAUAGCAACAUUGUUUUUAAUUGAGGUAUAUUUGGCAUGCCUCAUUUUUUCUUACUUCAAAUUUGAUGUUUUCACGAAGUAGUUAUUCAUAAUCAAUCUAUAGUAUUUUUAACAUAGAUGAACUAAAAGUUUCAAUUUUAUUAGCACUUCUUUUUUGCAAAUGUUAACAUUGUCGUUUUUGACACGUUUAGCGUCAUUCUGAACACAUUCUGAACAUUGUCUAUUCAAUUGACAAAAAUAAAGAACUUUACAGUGUAGAUAAAACUAAAACCUCCUAUUGCUUUUGCUAUAUUCCUGUAGCCCAAAAAAAAAUACAGUCUUAUACUUUUUGACUUCCGUACUAGUUAUGACGCCAGAAUGAAUGAACAAACAUGGCGUCAAGAAAGUUUGCAGACGAGCACCACCUAACCUUCGUACUUAAAACUGGGCAACUUUCACACAACAAUGGGUGGAAUUUACGCCUUUCGAAUAUGGCUCUCGAAGACUUGGUGUUUUUGGAAAAACGUCACACUUUGGCGUAAAGUAUUACAAAGGCCGUUUAGUUACAGAGUAUGGCGAACCUCCAUUGCAUUUUCUGCCAGACAGGUGUAUGGGGAAGUGCUUUCAGCAUCAUAUUGAAUUCAUUGAAAGAAGAUGACGAUAAACGUGGAAAAAAUCACAAAGAUGAAUUAGUGUCUGCAAUCAAGAUAGAUGUUGAUAACUGUAAGACAGAAGAAAAUGACAGCGAAGACGAAGACAAAGACAACAAUAAACCCGAAGACGAAGUAGACAAUAAAGGUUGGGUGACGCAGAUGUUGAACCCCAAAAAUAUUUUUGCAACUCGCAAAGGAAAAGCCGCUGAAUGCUUUGACUUUUGCCGUGGACUCAAGUUAAAGAACAAAAACGGAACUGUUGGUGGUAAGGACGCUGUAUUCAAGAACAAAACCAUGUGUGUUGUUGAUAGUGGUAUAGCUUUCAAUUCACCAUUUCCUGUUCUACUGAGACCAGAAAGAAAAGUUGAAUUAAUUUUGUCGUUCGACUUCAGUCAAAGAGAUAAUGGAGACAAAGAACCUCCUUUUCAUGAACUGUUGAAAGCAGAGAAAUGGGCAAGAGAAAAUAAAUAUCCCUUUCCAAAUAUUAAAGAUAAUCCGGUGGUCAAAGAUUCAGAGGUCAAAGAUUCUGAAAUUCGUGAAUGUUAUGUAUUUGAAGAUGAAAAUGAUCCGAACUGCCCAACAAUUUUACAUUUUCCAAUUGUAAACAACUCAUUUCGAGAGUAUCUUAGCCCAGGUGUGAAGAGAGAGAAAGAUGACGACAUAGAGUUUGCAAACUUUGGCAUUUUUGACGACCCCGAUGAACCUUAUUCCUCCUUCAAAUUUGAAUACAAGCCCAAAACGUUCGAAAGAUUGCAUGAACUAAUGAAAUACAACACGCUCGUGAGCAUUGAUCUGAUCAAGGGAAAAAUAAUCGAUAUUGUAAAGUACAGGCGAAAGCACAGAAAGUAUGCUAAGAAACACUCAUUAAAGGAAAAAAAUGUUAACAAUAGUUUUAGUCCCUUCACUUGUAUACCAAUAUACCAAAAUAAUCCACAUCGUAUAAACCAACCUAACAUUUAAACUAUAAUUUGUUAGUGCCCGUUUAGAGUGUUAGUAGAUUAAUUUCUUUAUUAUAUGUUAUUUCACAGACUUACAUUUGUAUUACAUAAUAAGCGUGUAUGUAACUGAUGUAGUACUUACGUAGGAGUAAAGCUCAUAAAUAAAUAUGAUCAAAAGUUCAUAAUAA